CUUCUAUCAUCUUUCCAAGAAUCGAAUUCUCCAUGACUGUAAAUUACACCUCCACCAACUACCCGCUUCAGAGUGCUCUGAAUUACGAGCGAGUGGUCCGUUGUGGCCGGUAGCCCGUUGGUCGGCCAUAUCAGGUGUCUCACGCGAUUUCGUUCCCUCGCCGUGGGUCGCCAUCAUGUACUCCGCCUUCGCAUCGACCACCGACACGAAUACACUCGAUGACAGCGAAUAUCUGUUCGACCAAUCUAACGAAGAUCUUCUGUCGCUGCCGAUGACCCAUGAGAGCAUACAUCUGAAAGGCGGCAUUGACCCUAUACCUGGGCUUAGUAACCUGGGGUAUGGUAGAGAAUCAGCGACGUCGUCCGUGCACUACGGCGAUUCAAACGAUACAUCGGAACUCAGUACUGGUCAUCUGAGUGGAAAAGAGGAGCGAGAGCGUUCUGGUUCAGGCGCUCUCAACAACGGAUAUGGCUCUUACUACACUCCGUCGCCGUUGCAACAUCCUUAUACACAAGGGGAGGGCAGUCACACAAAAUCGACUGCAUAUAUGAAUGGCAACGAUGCACAUAUAACUACGCUUGGGUCUACAACUUCCCGCGCAGACACUCUACCGCUGCGAGCCAAUCAUAGCUUCAUGGCGCGAACACCGCAAAGCCUGAGUCGCGAGUCCCAGCCGUCAUCAACUCCCGAACUCCCUCAGUCUCACGAACGAACGCGCUUAAUAAAAGGGAAAACAUCUGAGAUCCGAGCAAACUCCAGCAUUCCCGGGGAGCUUUCGUGGCCGGAGUUUGGACGUCAAUGCAUUCUGGCAGCAGAAAAUAGCCGGCUCAAUCCAUUCGCUUUGCAUCCUGCGGAGUACAGACUACUACGGGAACACCUCACACAGGCUCAGGUUACAAUCUACUUGAACAUCAGGAAUGCUAUCUUGAGACUCUGGCAUCGGAAUCCCAUGGUAUAUGUAUCUCUGGAAGAGGCUGCAGGUUGCGCUCGUGACAAACGCUUUUUCAGGUUAGCGAAAACAUCAUAUCUGUGGUUGCUAAGAAACGGUUACAUCAACUAUGGCUGCGUCGAAGUUCCCAAUACCGCAGGCUCUAUUGCACGAUCGAAGGCCAAGCCGAGACGUACGAUUAUUGUGAUCGGUGCCGGAAUGUCAGGGUUGGGAUGUGCUCGACAUCUGGAGGGUCUGUUUUCCCAGCUGGGCGAACAAAUGUCAAAUGAUGGCGAACGCCCACCAAAAGUCAUCCUCCUCGAGGCCCGUCCGCGGCUUGGCGGGAGGGUGUAUUCACAUCCCUUUCUUGAUCAGUCGGGCUCCACACUUCCUCCAGGACAUCGCUGUACUGCCGAGAUGGGUGCUCAGAUUGUAACAGGAUACGAACACGGUAACCCAUUGAACGCGAUCAUCCGUGGACAGCUCGGCAUUCCGUACCAUGGCCUUCGCGACAACACGAUUUUGUAUGAUUAUGACGGCACAGUUGUGGAGAGGAGCCAGGAUAUACUGGUGGAAAAGUUGUACAACGAUGUUCUAGAGCGAGCGAGUGUGUAUCGUCACAAGGCAGCGGCACACAGGACGGUCGAAGGUGAUCGAAACCUCAUGCUCUUUGGGCGAGAACCUAGCGACAACGGCGGAAUCUCCAUCGCAGAGUUAGAGGACUCCAAAGUUCCACUGCCUAUGAACACGAAGAACUCUACAUCAACAACCGAGGAGAAACCCACUACAGGCGUGGAGAAGCUUGCGGGAAGGGCUUACCAGCUCAGUGCUGGCUUCAACCCUAACAUCACAGCGGCAGAGGCAAUCCAGGGCAUGGGAUGGAAGCUGAAGCCUGGUGUAUCGAUGAUGCAGUCUCUAAAUCUGGAUCAUAUCGCGAAGACAUACGACUAUCCGGUUCUAGGACGAACAAUGGACGAAGGUAUCAGACAAUACCAGGCCAUAGUCGACAUGAAGCCUAGAGACAUGCGUCUUCUCAGUUGGCAUCAUGCAAAUCUUGAGUACGCGAAUGCCGUUAGCGUAAACCAGCUUAGUCUGAGUGGCUGGGAUCAGGACAUGGGAAACGAGUUUGAAGGAGAGCAUACGGAGGUUGUCGGAGGCUACCAGCAGGUUCCACGUGGACUGUGGCGUAGCCCCAGUGAACUCGACGUUCGCUUCAACACUCCAAUCAAGUGCAUUGACUACAGCACUGGGGAUCACCGGGGUGGCAAGGCGGUCAGGAUCGAAUCUACCAAUGGAGAGGUUUUCGAAGCGGAUCAGGUCAUCAUAACAACACCUCUCGGUGUGCUGAAGUCCGAGGCGAUUACGUUCCAGCCUCCGCUGCCCGACUGGAAGCGAGGAGUCAUCGAGCGUAUGGGUUUCGGACUGCUCAACAAGAUCAUCUUGGUUUACGAGAAAGCCUUCUGGGAGCCAGAUCGAGACAUGUUCGGUCUGCUGAACGAAGCGGAACACGAAGCCAGUCUGCGACCUGAAGAUUACUCUGCGAGACGAGGGCGGUUCUACCUAUUCUGGAAUUGCAUAAAGACGAGUGGCAAGCCUGUGCUUAUCGCACUCAUGGCAGGCGAUGCUGCUCACUAUGCCGAAAAGACGUCCAACGACCAGCUCAUCAAGGAGGUGACGGACCGACUCGACUCCAUCUUUGCCCCUAACCCCGUUCCGCUUCCGUCGGAAACGAUCAUCACUCGAUGGAGCAAAGAUCCAUUCGCGCGAGGCAGCUACUCAUUUGUUGGCCCUAAGACACGUGCGGGCGACUACGAUCUCAUGGCGCGACCUCAUGGGCCACUGCACUUUGCAGGCGAGGCAACGUGUGGCACACAUCCCGCAACCGUUCAUGGAGCUUACCUAUCUGGCCUACGUGUUGCCGCGGAGGUCAUGGAGACGAUUGUCGGGCCUAUCAAAGUACCGACUCCACUCAUCGAGAGGAGGAUCGUCAAGCCCGAGAAUACUUCCCCCUCCGUCUCGGAUCCAAAACGCAAGUCGGAAGCAGUGCCUCAGGAGAAUAGGGUGGGGCGGGUGCAACGAGACGAGGACUACGAAGCUGCUAUCAUCGGCGCCAUCCUCGAGCAGAUUGGAGAACGUCCGAUCAAACCAGGCCGUGCUGGCGUGAAUCCGUUCCUGCUCUACACCAAGGACUUUUGGUACACAUGCAAGAAGGAGUGCGACGAAAUACGGCAGGCUGCGAGUGGAGAUGCAGAAGCAAAGGCGCCGAAGCAGGAAGUCCGCCUUGCCAUUGGGCUGAGGUGGCGCACAGCAAGUGAAGAAGAAAAGAAGCCGUACCUGGAUCAGGCAACCAACGCACGAGACGAUGCAGAGGCCAACGCAGCAAGCUUCAAGGAGCGUGUUGCAGUGUGGGACGUGGAGGCUGCGCGUAUACGGCGCGAGUACAUUCUCGCGAACCCCCCACCGUCUGGGAACGAGGACCUGAUCCUGAACAGUCGCACUGCUAUCGAGCUCGGGGCGAGCAAGCGACUGCGGAGGCUGUGAGGGAAGGAUAGGGAUGUGCGUGUUUGUGUUGUAAUUCUCAAGUGUUUACAUGUGCAUGUUAUGCGUGGAUUUGCAUGUCACGGGCGUUGUGGAGGGUGGAAUCGGACCGGCUAAAAAGGGUCCAGGCAGGAACGGGACGACACGCGGCUGUCUGGUGAGAGGCGUUUGCGGGGGAUGUGGGCGCGCCGUCAGGCUGCAUGGCCCAAACAAGGCACGCGCACUCGCCACCUGUGCAGCAUUUUUUUUCAUCCAUAGAGAGAGCGGUGGUUAGGUAGAGCGGUGAGGCAGCGUGUGUGGUCUGGAUGAAGUAAUGCAUCGGUUGCUCUUGCUAGCCCUACGCAGACGGUGCCCCGGAAACGCUCUGGAAUGCUGUCGCGACCGCACAACGGGAAUGCGCUAGGACGGGCAGCCAAUCC